GACUGUGAGAGCUGUGGGAAAAGAAGGAGGAUGUUCGGGUUAUUAGGAGACUUUUAUGAAUCUGACAGUCUUAAGGUUUAUAAAAACACAUCAAUGGAGACAAGGAGAGGAUUACUAAAGGUUCACAAGAUGCAGACACACACACCUGAGCGCUGUGCGUAAAGACCUGGAGGAGAUGAUACCAGAGCCCUCUGCUGCAGCUGCAUCUGCAUCCAGGUCCUCAGAGCAGAAUAAUGAUGGGGCAAACUCGUCUGGAGCUGUCAAUCAUUCAGAGGAUGACUCUGGGAAUGAAAACAGACAGAAGAGUGUGAGGCGAAGGAAAAGAACUCACAAACCCUCUGAGAAUGUCAAAAGCAAAAGUGCCAAAGCCAGCCGCAGCAGUGUCAGCAGAGCGCGAGGCCGCAAACAGAAACAUGUGGAGGCUGUCACGCUGUUCGAGGUCAUCACUAUGGGCAGGAGUGCCAUGCAGGCGGUGAUUGAUGACUGGAUUGAGGCUUAUGUGACGGACAGAGACUCCUCUCUACUCGAUCUCAUCAGCUUCUUCAUCCAGUGCUGUGGAUGCAAAGGUGUGGUCACAGCAGAGAUGUGUCAGAACAAAGAGGACAGUGAUGUCAUGAGUAAGAUGGUGGAGGAGCUCGAUGAGGUGGCAGGUCUGCAGUAUAAGAAGUUUCUGGCCUUUCCAUGGAUCCUCACAGUCACAUGGCCCAUGGAUACGGACAGUAUGGAGUAUCCUCUGACACAGUCUGGACCGUACAGACGCUGGUUUCACUCUGAGUUCUGUGACUUCGUGUCAGUGCUCGUGACUCAGUGUCAGCACAGCGUCAUAUUCGACUGUUACCUGAUGAACACCGUCAUCUCACUGCUCACUGAGCUGUCCAACUCUUAUGUACGGGCUUUCAGACACACCUGCACACUAGCAGCGGUGAAGCUGCUGAGCUCUCUGGUGGGUGUCGCUCUGAGUCUGAGCGUAGGCAUCGAGAACAGUCAGAAACUGUCUGAGGUGCAGAAGACGAAGACGAUGAGACAGAAAAGCACUCUGCAACUGGAGAGGAUACAGAAGAAGAUCACAGAGCUGCGGGAGAAGAGGACGGAGAUAGAGAGCAUGAUGGACAUCAUCUUCAAAGGAAUUUUUCUGAAGAGAUAUCGUGAUGUGCUACCAGAGAUCCGCUCGAUCUGCAUGGAGGAGUUGGGUUUGUGGAUGAAGCUCUACAGCUCUUCUUUUCUGAAUGAUAGCUACCUCAAAUACAUGGGCUGGAUGAUGCACGACAAGGUACCAGAUGUUCGUCUCAAGUGUGUGCUAAGUCUUCAGGGUUUGUACGGAGAUCCGGUGCUGCUCCCGAAACUUGACCUCUUCACCAGCCGCUUCAAGGACCGGAUGAUCUCCAUGACACUGGAUAAAGACAACGAGGUGGCGGUGCAGACUAUGAAACUACUGGUGCUCAUCUCUAAAAACUCGGAUGAUGUUCUCAGCCUGGAGGACUACAAACAGCUGCUCCAGUUUGUUUACUCCUCACAGCGCCCUCUAGCGGCCACUGCAGGGGAGCUGCUAUACUCACGGCUGCUCAACACUGCAUCCCCUGCAUCUGAAACUCAGGAUGAUCCAAACGAGGAGGAGGAGGAACAUAAACAACAAACAUUUACCAGAUUGAAGGCCCUGCUGCGGUUCUUCCAGGAGUCUCAGCUGCACAAGCAUGUGGUGUACCUGGUGGACAGUCUGUGGGACUGUGGUGGAGCUCUGCUGAAGGACUGGCCCGCACUCACGUCUGUGCUGCUGCAGGAUCCGCCCUCAGAGAGUCAGGUGUGUGUUUGUCUAUGUGUGUGUGUGUGUGUGUCUGUAGGUCUAACUCAAGAUGAAAACGCUGUACUUGUGGAGAUCUUGGUCGCGUCUGUGCGUCAGACCUCAGAGGGACCAGUGCUGGCAGGGAGGAGCGGAGCCAAGAAGGUGAUGAGUGCCCGGGAGAAGAAAAUCCAGGUUGAUGAGUGUACUAAACUCACUGAACAUCUCAUCGUGGUGCUUCCUAAGUUACUCUCCAAGUUCUCAGAUAGUCCCGACAUUGUUGCCUCUCUGAUAAAGAUCCCUCAGUUCUUCAUCCCAGAGUGUGCUGAAGCUGGAAACACACAGGUGGUGUCAGACCUGCUGGCAGAGAUCGGAGCUGUUCUGGACCUCCACUCGAGCCCUGCUGUCCUGGAGGCUGCCGCUCGAACAUACCUCAGUCUGUGUGGGGAGGAGAUGACCUGCUGCUCCGAGGCUCAGACUGCCAGAGACUCUCUAAUCCAGAGCUGGGUGGACAAACUGACAAGCCUGCUGCAGAGCACACUCAAGGAGGACAGAUUAUCUGCUGAUGAAGGAGAAACUAGAGAGAUAACAGUCACACUGAAGAAACUCAGAGCUUUCUAUAACUGUCAUGACCUCUCGGGAUGGACUCUGUUUGAGCUGCUGUCUCCCCUCCUCUCAGUGGAGGGCGGGCAGGGAGGACCAACACCUGAGGUGCUGCUGGAGGUGCUGCAGUGUCUGAGUUUCUCCAUGGUCUGGUCUCUCAACACCAGUGACACUCUAACAUCCAAAGAGAAAGCUGUGGCCCAGAGACUCCAGCUGCGUCUCUUCUGUGAGCGGGGUCAUCACUGUCUGUCUCACUCUGACCUCUGUGUGCGUCAGCAGGCUUUCCUGGGCGUCUGUGACGUUCUGACGGCUCACUCAUACCAGCUCCACGUGUGGGAUCCCACCUCCUUCGGCCCUCUGCUCUACACUCCCAGUCCCAAACUGCAGAGGGCGCUGUUGACCUUCGUAUGCCAGCAUGUCUUUGUUGGAGCGGAGAGUGACAGCCACUCUGGUGUCAGUGAGAACUCCGAGGAGGAGAGGCUGGAGGACCUGCACAGGCAAAGAAAUCUACUCGCGGCCUACUGCAAACUGAUCAUUCAUGGAGUAUUGGAGAUGAGUAUGGCGGCAGAGGUGUUCAUGUACUACAUGAAGUACUACAACGACUUUGGAGACAUCAUCAAGGAGACCAUGUACCGGACCAGGCAGGUGGAUAAGAUAGAAAGUUCUCGUACUCUGGUGCUCUGUUUGCAGCAGCUUUUUGUUCGCCUGAAACGAGAGCAGGAGAGCGGCAGCGGCAGAGCGCACCCAGGAGUCCAGACCUUCACCAGCAUCAAAGAGCUCGCCAGGCGCUUCGCACUCACAUUCGGGGACCUUGUCAAGUUCCGUGAAUGUGUAGUCAUGAUCCACAGGAACGGGAUAGAGUUUGUGUUCCAAGAGUUUAGUCAGGGCCCAGAAACACCCACACCGCUUUACCUCUCCUACCUGACCAUCCUCAGUGAGUUCUCCAGCAAGCUGCUCAAACCAGACAAGAAAACAGUGUUCUCCUACCUACAGAAGCACACCACAGAGCAUGUUAUUGACCUCAGGGAGGAGUGCUGGCAGCCUCUUAUCUACUAUCGAGCUUCACUAUUGGCUGCAGCUGAAGGGGAGGAUGCCGCGUCUUAUGUUAGCUCUGACAGGCGACCAAACCGCUCUCCUCUUUCCAAACAAAAGCUAGAAGGCAACAAAUCUCCCUGCUUGUUGACCCCCGCUGACUCCAAAGUUAGUAAAGGUCACAGGUCAAGCUUCAGUCCAAGCCGGCAGGAAAAGACGACAGAUAUGGAUCCUUUUUCCGUUCCCGUGGAUCCGCCUGCAAGAAUGCUAAACUUGGGGGGCUCGGUCGUCAGCGCCAGCAACGACGCAGAGGACGACACGGUGGAAGUUGAACUGUAACAGUUUAGAAGAUGAAGAGAGUGGACUCUUCAGUUUGGACCUCACAGACUCUGAUAGAGACACUUCAGGGUCCAUUUAUUCUGACAAAACAGGUUUGUUGAAAAUGCAGUAUGUCAUGUUUUUUAUGAGGACCUUUAGAAGAUAACAUUUGUGUGUCUGAUCUCACCAAUUGUUCAUCCAACUGACUUCCUACUGGAUCAUGUUCUUGCAAUGGCACCAAGAGAGAACAGUUUCCAAUUUGUAAUAAUGAGCUUUAUGUAACGAAAUGUAGCUUUGAUACCUGAGGUUAAAGAAACAAUGGUGUUCUUCUAGAUUCUGUGGAUGCAGAGGAAUCUAUCCUUAUAAGCCUUGCCCAGUGUCUUGAUUUGUAUCUGACACGUUGAACUUUGAGCAAAUCUGAAUGUUUUCUACUGCGCCGUUCUUUUCAGCAAUCAUCACAAAAUUCAGAGCAGAAAACCCCCUGGAAAAAAUGCACUUUUUUAGAUUCUUGGUUUCCAAACAGUAUUGCAUUCAGGAGAAAUUAUACAACAUAUGUCAUAUCUCCUGAAUGCUUUGUACCAUUGCUACCAGAUUUGGGGGACAUCUGGAGAUAUGUUACUUGAAUUACCAGAACAAAUUUGGUUCCACUUUGGCCCCAUGGUACUGCUAUAACUUCCAAUUCAAGUCCCAGAAACAAAUGAUAAUUUUCACAAUUUUUAGAUUGAUCUGAAUCUACUUUUUGUUUGCUACUUUGUGUGAUAUCUUUAAGUGGUUAUCACCAAACUUGGCUGACAAAAUCACUGCACCAAGCAGGAAAUAGCAACCACAUUCAGAUUUUUGACCUCCCAUACAGUCUGCUAAAGCUAGUAAUAUAUGGUCUGAUACUGGAGGCAUCGGUUCUGUGUCAGGAAAUGUUUUAUCUCCUGAUCACUUUGUGGUACAGGAAACACAUUUGGUGUAAGUGUGUAGAUAUUAUCUCUAGAGAUAGACCGAUAUGGGUUUUUCAGGGCUGAUACCGAUACCGAUUAUUAGUAGUCAAGGAGGCUGAUAACCGAUAGUUGGAGCUGAUAUUCAUUCGCAGUAAAAGGGGAAAUAUUGGCAUCAAAACUCCAACACUUAACUUCAUUUAAUGCCUUUAAGCAUAUGUUUAUUAAACAGCUUUUCAGAUUUGCAGCAUGUUAGAGGGUUGAUUUUUAUCUUAGACAAUAGACAUCUUAACAAAAAGUGCAGGGAGCUCCCAGGCUCAGCAAAUGGAACACAAACUAGGCAAUGGUUUCUGCAGACAAUGUCAUUUCUGCCACGUGAUUUAGUGAAUUUUGAGCCAAAAUAACCCAGUUUUAAAUUGAUCUCUUAUCGGCCGUGGGAUUUUUAUAAAAGGCCAAUGCCGAUAUGUGUCAAAAUGCCGAUUAUCGGCACCGAUAAAUGGCCCGGCCGAUAAUUGGUCUAUCCCUAAAUUUGUCCCAGCUAUUGUGAUAAAUUUGGCCAGAUUAAGGCAGACAGUGGUGCCAGCCUGUAACGUUAAACAGGAAGUCUCACACAAUAUUGGAUUUUCACUAUUUUUAAUUUGUCUGAUAUAUUUCCUCGACUCUGAGACAGAAAAUAUCUCCACAAAUCCAGGAAUAUUUCAAGUUGUUCAGAUACUUUGGGCUGCACUUAUAUUACAAAAUCACGUUGUAUCUCCUGGACACUUUGUGCUACUGUGACUUCCUUUAGUGGACAAGAAGUCUGAGUGACCGUCUUACAUUUGGUGCCAUUUGACAGAUAGGUGGCGCUGCAGCAGUAUCAUGUCACUAUAAAAGGAUGGAAUCUUUCUUUAUAUUUAUAAAUGACUCAUUCAAAUAUUUCAAAUUCAAUUCAUCAGGGCGUGUCUUAUCUUCAGCAGGUGUGUUACUGACUACCUAGUGAAGACAAAUGUUAGAUUGUAACUUCAUGAAAUGAGUUGUUCUUAAGGAACUCGCACUUUACUCGCACUUUGUUUCUCCCCCAUGAAAGUUGAAUUAUCCUGUUACAACAAGUAGCUAUAUUAUUUGUUUAUCCAAAGCCUGAUUCACUGUAUACUUUAGUCUCUGUGCCAUAAGCCUUCAUUGUUGCCCAUGAAAUAUCAAAAACACAUAGUUUAGGAAAGAGUUGAGAAAAAGCACGGGCAAGAUGUUUACUUUGAGUAAAUCUAAAUUCUAUGGAUCUGCUCGCUAACAGUCGUUUAGCAUGCAGCAAAAAAAAAAAAAAAAA